AUGGGUCUUUUGAGAAGAUUGUCUUCAAUAUUCAAAUCAGAAGUUCCUUAGACUAAUAACGAUCAUUUGCAUGAGAAUUAACAGUACUCAAAGAAGGUAUGAAUCAUCUAUCAAUAGAUUGUUUUGGAAAAUGGAGAGAGUGUGAAUGUGAGAGGAAACGAAAACCAAUUAAAUUUGGUUAGGACAAGUCGAUACACAUUAACUAACUGUUUAUAUGUGUUGAUAAUUAAAUUUUUUAAGCGAUUACUGAAUUUGUACUUAUUUGUCAUCAACAUGAUCUAAUUAGACUACAACUAUCUAAUUUCACUACUAUUAACAUUUUCAAUACACAUCAUAAUUGAAUUGUACUUCGAUACUCAAAAGCGGAAACGUGAUGAAAUAGUCAACUCUCGUUAAGCAACCGUGUUCGCUGAUUUAAAAAAAAAUGUCUAAAAUGUUGCAUCCUAAAAUUUAAUUAAAUUGGGAGCAAGGAAAUCCCUAAAUUAGAAUAUUGUUGAGCACGAAAACUUGGUUAAUAACAACAAUUACCAAAAGGACAUUUGUAUGAGAAAAGUAAGCAUAGAUACUGUGACCUAUCGAUAGGACAAAUAAUCUAGAAUUCCUUUAUUUACCAUGAAACGAUGGGAUUAACUCUAAGUAGGCGAUAUCAUAUAUUUAAAAAAUAAUGAAAUAUGUCCUGCCGAUGUCUUAAUUUUGGACAUGGGCCAAUCAGUUAGUAUGGCUAGCAAUACUGUGAUGAGUGGGAAUACAAAUGAAGUUAGAAAAAGAGCUUGUCCCUUGACUACAAUAUCGAAAGAACACAAAAUACAAUUGCUUGAUUAUCGCACUAUUUUAAAUGGGGUUAUUAGAUAUGAUUAGACUGACUCGGAUCAAUAUUAUAAGGGUAUGGUUAAAUUGAAGAAGGAUCCAAAACCUUUGGAAAUAAACAAAGAAAACAUCUUCUUCAGAGAACAAUUGCUCUUAAAUGACUUGUACUUGUUUGGAGUCAUUCUCUCAGUUGGUCUUGAUUGCAGAUGCUAUAAGUCAUUUAAACAUGUAGAAAAGUAUGGCUAUUUUGAAUAAAAGGCGAAUUUGUACUUCCUUAUAGCCAUACUGUCUUUAAUCCUGCUCAGUGUGAUUUAGUAUACUAUUGAAUAUUAUGGUGAAAAUCAUAACAAUUUAGAAUUUUAAUUAAUAAACUAUUCUGGUUUAUUGCCUCUUUAUUUUUACUUUCUGAUUGACCUACUUUAUUUCACUUAAAUGUUGUACAAUAAUUACUUAUUCCUGAAGGAAAAAGGCAACCCAAAACACCCACUCAAAGAAAUCAAUCCCUUAUUGGAUAAUGCACACAUCAAAUUAAAUCAUUUGCAAGUGAAUUAUUCUCCGAUUUCCAAUUUAUCAUUGAUAAACCAUGUCCUGAUUGAUAAAACUGGAACUUUGACCAUGCCUAAUUUUAAGAUCAAAUGGAUCUUCAUCUUUGAUUCCCUCUACAAAUUGAGAUACAAAGCAUUUGCAGAAAAGGAAUUUCAAAAUGCACUCAAGUAAACCAAAAUGAGACAGGAAUUGAAUCAACCAAUCGAUGAAAGAUUAGAACCUGAAUCUACUCCCAUGAUUAAAUGUAAUAAUAUUGAAGAGGUGAAUUUCAAAAUGGAAGAUUUGGAUGAUGAUCAUCCUCCUUAUGAUGAGUUGCAUCGUACUUAACCUCCCAGAUUCAGACCUGAAUCUUAACUCAGCAGUCAAUUUGAUCAAAGUGCAGAAGGAGCCUAAAUCCAAAAGUAAUCUUUAGCAAGAGGCAGCAGUCUCGUUGUCAACAGUCUCCAUGAAAGCAAAAGAUAAUUGACUUACCAAAGAGGUAGUUAAAAGUUCCAUGCUCCAAGAAUUCCAUCAAAUUUAGAAAUAGUCUCAGAAGUAGAGUUUUCUGGAAAUGAAAUCACUUUGAUUCGGAGAAUUUAAGAUGAUGAAUUCAAACCUCAUUAUUUUGAAGCCAUGUUUGCUUUAGUAGUAUGUUAGAAUACAAGAUCGCUGUAUUAAAAAAGUGAUGACUCGUUCUUCUAUGAAUAUAGCUCAGAAUUGGAUAAGCAGUAGUUAUAUUUGUGCAAACAUUAUGGUUUUAAAUUCAUUUGUAGGAGCAAAUAGGAAAAUCAAAUGAGGUAUGUAAUUCAGGAUGGCGAAGAGAUUUAUUUAAUUGAUGUCAUGUCUUUGCAUUCGUUUAAUUCCAGAAAAUUUAGUAUUAUUAUCAAGUUGCAAGAAGAAUUAUGCACCAAACUAGGAUUAGAGAAUGAAGACUCUCAAUAUUUAUAAUAUUUAAGAGAUGACAGUUUAGAUAUGAUAGGCUGUUUGUCUUUAGAGAAGGAUUAAGUGGCUAAACUAGAUCUAAUGAUUAAGGACUUACAAGUCUAAGGUAGCAGACCAGUCUUGUUUUACAGAAGUUUAAUGACUGAAGCCUAAAUGCUGACUUUCAUUAAAGAAGCCAAUAAAUUAUUAGACAUUCAAUCAAAUAAAAUUGAAUUCAUGCAUGAGUAUUAGUUUUUGAUGCAUGAAUUCGAAAAGAAUUGUGAUCUUGUAAGUGUGAUUGGAGUGCAGGAAAAAGUCAAUAAGAAUGUGACUCCAACCUUGAAUUAUAUCAAGUAAUUGGGACUCCCAUGUUGGAUAGUUAGUGGAGACAAUUAUGAGAAAGUGUUACCAAUAGCCUAUAGGGUUCAAUUGUUAAAUCAAAAUGACACAGUGGUUCAUAUCUAAGCAAAAACUUAGGAUGAAUUAUUCUUAUAAUUAAAACAAUUGUUAUAAAGUUUGAGUGGUUAAUUGAGAUCGCAUUCGAAUAAGAAAGAAUUAAAACAUUCAGAUACUUUAAUUCAUAAAAAAGGCUCAUUCACUUGUAGUCCAAGAUGGAUUUCAAGUGGAUAGAAGAAUUUACAUAUAAGACUAUUUCAAAUUGUAAUAAGUGGAGAAUCUCUAGAAUAGAUCUUGAGAGAUGCUUAUUUAAAGAAACAUUUUUAAUUUCUAUUUCAAUUUACCUCCAAUUUCAUUGGUUAUCGGAUGACACCUUAAUAGAAAUCGAUUUUAGUUAAAUUAUUGAAAGACAGGAAGUUGAAUUACAAAUUUAUAUUGUCCAUAGGAGACAGUUUUAGUGAUAUCAAUUUAUUUAAUCAUUCAGAUUUCACAUUUUAAAUGCAAUCUGGAAGAUAGAUCUUCCCACAUGAUAAAAAUAACUUCGAAGAUCUCCAACAUGGAAGAGUUUCCAUUAAACAAUUGGAUUAAGAAUCAUAAUUCUGUUAACACAAAUAAGAUCAUGGCUUUAUUGAACCAUUAUACAACAGCGAUGUCUACAUUAAGGAUUUUGAGUUGAUACACAAAAUGAUAGCAAUGGAUUCCAGGAAGGCAGCAUUGUAUUUUGAGAGAAUUUUAAUCUUCGCAUUAAUCCGAAGUUUUGGAAUAAUCUAUUUAUUGUGCGUGACCUAAUUGAUUAGAGACGAAAUUGAUGUGAUAACUAAGGAUUACUUAAAUUUUCACUCCAAUAUCUUCUUUUUACUUUCAAGCUCCUUUAUAAUAAGUGAAAUAAGUGAGAAGGUUGAAAAUUUCAAUCACAAUGAAUUCAUGUAUUUCGUAUUCAAAAAUGAUUAAUUAGAGUUGAACCAUAAUAAGAUUGGUAAAUACAUAGCACGAAUCACAUUCUUCCCACUUAUUCAAGCCUUGCUAAUCAAUCUCUACACAGAAUAUGCUGAUCUAUCAACUCAAAAUGGAAUAGAUCUGAAAUCUAGUGAAUUAGGAUCAGGUCUAUUUCUAUUAUUAUUAACUGUAGAUGCUUCGAAGUUGGUGCAAAGAAACUACAUUACCUAAAAAUAGUUUGUAUUUAACAUAGGAUUAACCUUUGGAUUAUAUACACUGAUAUCUCUUCAAUUUGAUUCAAUCUCCAUCAUUUAUUAAUGGGCAGCAUCCGUUUAAAUUCUAUUUUCCUUCAUAUUCAUCGUGGCAAUCCAUGGCAUCUUUAAUUUGGUGCUCUAUCAUGUUAACAGGCCUUUUUUUAUGCCUCUCGCCAUCUAGUCAAGCAAAGAAUAUGAUGAGAUCUUGAAAAUCUAUAAUAAGAUCUCAGGUGAUUUGGCUAAACAAAUCAAGUUACACAGAGCAACCAUAGAGAAAAUCUCUUACUUUGCAAGGAAGCUCUUUAAUGGUGAUGAAGACAUGGAUCCAAUCAUUAAGUAGAUGUUGAGUGGAGCAUUUGCUGAUGAGACUGAAAACUCCAUAAAUUCAAUCACUCUAAGAUUCAAAUCGCAAUUGGUAUAAAAUAAGUUCACCGAAGAUACUCUUCAAUAUGUUGUACGCACUUAUAGAAUAAUAGUUGCAAUCACAUUUUUAUUCUACGAGGUAGCAACAUAUAUCAUAAUCCUAUUAACCAUUGAUAGAUUUACAAUAUCCUAUUGGACUGAUUACUAUUACAUUUCAAUGUUUGGAGCACUGCUAUUGCUUAUGUUGUUUUGUUGGUCUCGCUAUUACAAAUUGUAUUUCUUCGAAGUAAACUUCAUCAUCUUGUUUAUUCGAUGCUCCUCCAUAAUUAUAUGGCUAUUCAACCAGGAUUAAUCAGUAGGAGGAAUGAAUCUCAAUAUGUUAUAACUAAGUUUGGCAGUUAAUAUCUAUCAUUACCAAGAAUAACCAGUCAUUAGCUAAGUGUUUUCUGCCAUUUACGUGGCGAUUUACUUAAUCAAAAAAUCAAAUGAAGAUGAUGUCUAUAUUUUGAUCAAUUAAUAUGUGAUGAGCAUAGCAUCAUUGUUCCUUUUGGUCUUGACGUUCAGAAGGAUAAUUCACAUAUUUUUGGAGGUCUUUUUAGGCAGAAUAAAUAUGAAUAAAGAGAAUCAAAUAAUGAGUGACAUCCUCUCUAUUCUACUUCCUCAAUUUAUCAGGGAUCGCAUCAAUAAGGCUGGUCAAUAUGACAUUCAGGAAGAUCAAGGAAUGGUGGCAGUAUUGUUUUGUGACAUCAUUGAUUUCGAUCAAUUAAUAAAGAAUGAACAAUCCAAUGUAGUUGACAUUUUAGAUAAGUUAUUUAGAAGAUUCGAUUUACUUUGUUAACAACAUGAAGUUCAGAAAAUUGAGACAGUGGGCAAAACCUAUAUGGCUGCUGCUGGACUCAAAAUUCACGUCAGUUAGAAGUCCAAUCCUGUCAAUAAGGUAAUUUCAUUGGCAUUGGAUAUGAAAAGGUAUGUAAUGUCUAAUGAAACUUUCUAAAUUAAAAUUGGUAUUCAUUAUGGGAAUGUCAUUGCUGGAGUCAUUGGACAUCAUAAACCCUAAUUCAGUUUGAUUGGCGACACCAUCAAUACGGCAAGUAGAAUAUGUUCAACAGCCGAACCUUGGGAUGUUGCCAUUUCUGAAUAAGCUUAUCGAUAGACUAACAAAUAUGAAUUAGUGUAUGUCUAGAGAGAUGUAGUUGCUAAGGGUAAGGGGAAAUUGUCUACUUAUGUUGUCAACACAAAAAGAGGAGGUAAACAAAGAAAGUAAACAAUCAUGAUUCAAAGACCUCCCAAACAACCAUUCAGAGAUCCAAAGGACUAUUAAAACUUAGAUUAAGUCCAUGAGAAUUAACUAUCAGAACUUGGCAUUGGUUCUAAUAGGGAAGUAUAACCUCUUGUCAAUAGAAAUGAAGAUCCUUAACCAUAAACUUUGAAUAAAAAGCAGAGAAGUGAAAUUUACAGCUUCGUAACAAAAACGCAAAAGCAAAUUUCUAUUGAGAGUCCAAACAAAUCACUUUAAUAAUAGAUGCUCUUCCAAUAAUCUCAGGCUUUAUUAAAUCAAGGAGGGGGGUCUUCAAAAAAUUAUGCUUCUCAAUCCAUAAUGGGAGGGAUCUAAUCUUAAGGGUAUGAUGACAGACAUUAAAAACACCAAGAUCUAAUCCAAUUGUUGGAGAGGAAGACUCGAUGUGAAUUAAAUGUUUCCGAUUAUCAAUUAAAUAUGGAAUACCAUGUGGAGAAGGAUAAGAUCAGGGCUCUUUACAGUGUUGAUGAGGAUGCUUAAGGUCAAAACUUAUUAUUGACUCUUAAUCCAAAGAAGUUGUAUUUGGAAUUCAAUGAAGAUGCCACUGUCACAUUAGAGUUUUACGAGUUUCUAUCCUCUCUGUAUAGACCGUUUGCAGUUCAAUAUUUAUUGACUAUAGGCUCUUGCGUUCUUAUAAGUUCAAUGUCUUGUGUGAGUUUGAAUGGGUAGAUAUACUUGGCUAAUUUGAUAACUGGAGUCAUCGUGGGUCUAUUGCACUUGUUAUUGUGCACUCUGAUCCACAGGUACGAAUCCUUUUAUAAUGUGGUAUACUUCUUGAUGUUAGCGUAUUUGUUACUUGGGAGUUAUGCGUUGGAUUGCUUCUUAAUCACUGAUCAUUACGAGAUUUAGAUGGCCAAAGGGAUCAUAUAUUGUUUAAGUGUUCUUCUUAAUAGAGUUCUUAGACAUUAAAAUAAGUUGGUUUACCUGGUUCUGUAUUUGGGAGUGACAAUUGCUGCUAUCAUAGUGAAUGAUUGGCCAUGGAGUAGAUUCUAUUAUUGUGCUGUGAUUUCGAUAUUCGCCUUUUGCAUUUAAUUGUUCAUGUUUUUGAAGAAUGUCAAUUCCUAUAAUGUCAACAAAUAAUUAAUUGAAAAAUCAAUCAAGUACCAAUUUUUAUUGAAUUAUUUAUUGCCUAAAAAUGUAUAAUUAAUUUAUAUCUAUCAAACAGGUCCUUGAAGAGUUUUUCAGGCCAAACGAGGAGAAACGUGUAUUAAGAGAACAGGCUGACGAAGUAACCUUGCUAUUUGCUGAUAUCGCAGGCUUUACCGAGUAUUCAAGCAAAGUACAACCUGAAUAAGUAGUUAAUAUGUUGAGAAACCUCUUUACUGAAUUUGAUAAGAAUUGUCUACUGCACAACGUUUUCAAACUCUACACCAUUGGAGAUUGCUACGUUGUUAUGGGAAUGGUCGAUUACGGCAAGGGAAUCCAAAGGAAUCCCUCAUAGGAAGCAGUCAAUGUAGUACGAAUGGGAUUCGCGAUGAUCGAUGCGAUCAGAAGAGUUAGAGCCCAUAUCAAUCAUCCUACGUUGGACAUGAGAAUCGGAGUCCAUACUGUAAGUCUGAUCAAUUUGACUUUAUUAGGGAUCCAUCAUUGGGGGUGUUCUUGGCACAGAGUUGGUUAGGUACGACAUUUAUGGGCCUGAUGUGUUGAUUGCGAAUAAAAUGGAAUCGAAGGGAGCCAAAGGGUUUGUGCAGGUGUCUCAAGAAACGAAGGAUAUCAUCGAGAGGGAAUUCCCUGAUCUGUUUAGAUUCGAAUAUAAACAAUCCAUUGAGUUUGAAUCUAUCGAGAGAAAGACAUCAGGCUACUUUGUUUAUUAAUGA